CGCUUGCUCGCUCUGCGGCUGAGAGAGAGACACCCAGAGCAAAUCCCCGUCUAGGCAUGGAUCUCUGGCUGCAGCGCUCCGCAGCUUGUGAGGAAUGACAACAGUUCACAUGGUCAUUAACUCCACUCGUCGGGGCUGAAGGGAGAGCCGCACCGUGGCACAGCGGUGCAGAAGUGCCUCUUGUGUUUGGGACGAGACGGAAGCACACGGCAGAGCUCCGGGACGCAGUGAGACGAGAUCACAGACAGAAAGUGCCUUUUCAGACGACGUCCCUACUUGAAGACAUUCGAGUGUUUCUGAAGAGCUCCACAUUUUCCUCAUUGGCAGGUCAAAGUUCAGCUGAGAGUCUUGGUUAUUGUGCUCUCCUGUGUUUGCCUAUGACGACGGGCCAGCGUGCUCAGGUGUAUAGAAACAUGUGCUGAAGACUUUAACCGUGCCAGCUGAAAGUAAAGCAACAUUUGCUCCCCGACACCCUGCAGAGACAUCAUCACUCAUAGGAGAGGACGUUUUGAGGACGCCGCUGCAACAGAUACAGGUCGUCUCCAGUUAUGCCCCUUGUGCCCCAUCAGAGGUCUGCACUUGACACCUAACUGAUUGAUGAACAAUUAUUCGUGUGUCUAAACUCCACCUCAGCACGGUUGUGCAUUCUCAUGCUCGGGUCGCGCAGGCUUUGCCAGUCCAUUAGCUCGGCUUUAUUCCUCUGCAAGGACAAACCCCAUCCAGUGACCUGAAGCGGCGUAUUUUUAGCUACAUGUUCCAUCGCUUUUAGUUUGAUUUUAUUUUCUAACUGAAGCACCUCCUCCGAGGAAGACAAAGCGAGUGGCUCCUCUCCUGGCCUCGCCAUGGCUCUGAACAUAGCCUCCAUACGGGACACGAAAUGGCUGACUCUGGAAGUGUGCCGGCAGUUUCAGAGAGGGACGUGUUCACGCAGCGACGAAGAAUGCAAGUUCGCCCACCCACCCAAAAGCUGCCAGGUGGAGAACGGGAGGGUGAUCGCCUGUUUUGACUCGUUAAAGGGUCGUUGCACACGGGAGAACUGCAAAUACCUCCACCCACCAGCCCACCUGAAGACCCAACUGGAGAUCAACGGGCGCAACAACCUGAUCCAGCAGAAGACGGCGGCCGCCAUGUUGGCUCAGCAGAUGCAGUUCAUGAUCCCCGGCACCACCAUGCAGCCCGUGACGUUCCCAGUAACCCAGGGCUUGGGUUCCAGUGCCGGCUUGAGCUACGCACCUUACCUGACUCCAAUGUCCCACAGCAUGGGUCUGGUUCCCACAGACAUCCUCCCCAGCACGCCGGUUAUUGUCCCCGGCAGCCCUCCCGUCUCCGUGACGACCAGCUCCUCCUCCAGCCAGAAGCUUCUCCGCACCGACAAGCUAGAGGUUUGCCGCGAGUUCCAGCGUGGCAACUGCGCCCGCGGUGAGACGGACUGCCGCUUCGCCCACCCUAGCGACAGCCCCAUGAUCGACACCAGCGACAACACGGUCACCGUCUGCAUGGACUACAUCAAGAGCCGCUGCUCUCGAGAGAAGUGCAAGUAUUUCCACCCGCCGGCUCACCUCCAGGCCAAGAUCAAGGCGGCCCAGCACCAGGCCAACCAGACAGCCGUGGCGGCGCAAGCAGCCGCCACGGCUGCAGCCAUGACUCAGUCGACUGCCAAAGCAAUGAAGCGACCCCUCGAGGCAACUGUAGACCUGGCCUUCCCCCACGGAGUCCUCCAGCCCCUACCAAAGAGACCAGCACUUGAGAAGAGCAACGGAGCGAGCUCCCUGUUCAGCCCCAGUGUUUUGCACUACCAGCAGGCGCUGGCCAACGCACAGCUCCAGCAGCCUGCUUUCUUCCCCACAGGGUCAGUGUUGUGCAUGACUCCUGCUAGCAGUCUUGUCCCAAUGAUGUACAGUGCUACGCCUGCUACUGUCUCUGCAGCAACAACUCCUGCCACAAGUGUCCCCUACGCAGCAACAGCACCAGCCAAUCAGAUCAUCCUGAAGUGAACUUUGGGAAGGAGACCGAGUGUCACGAAGCUGCACUAGGAAACCCCAAACAAGCCCUCUGUAAAUACUACCUUGCCUCUCCAAUGGAGGUGCAGCAACCUGCAUGCUAACACUUCAGUUUAACCUUUAGAGCUGCAGCGCCGGUGUAUCACAAACAGGAAAAACCAGAGAAAAAUAAGAUACUUACUGUAUGUAUUGCUAGAAAACAACAUAUGAACAUGGAAAAAGUCACACAUAUUCUUAUGUAUAGUUCAGAAACAGUCGAUGCACUACGGAUACAGUGGAUCGUUACUUUAAAAGCCUCUGCACAGCGUUCAUGCCCCUUCGGUUUGUUAACAACAGAUGUUUGGUUUGCACUGUGUGAGAAUGUUGGAUGAGGAAUCUGGGAAGAAGAAGAAAACAGGAAAUCCACGCUCAGGCACGCUGUCACUCUCAUGUUUGUUUUUCCCAGGAUGUUUUUUAGACUCCUAGCUCCAGAAAACUGUAUAUACUCAAGAGCCAGAGUUCCUCUGUGACCCCACAGCCAUCGCCUGACCCCCGCUUGCUGAAGUUGCCACAAUGACGCUCAUCCAGUGGUUAAGCAGAGUCACUAUUUAACACUUUUUUUAAUUUUCUGGCUGAUUUGUCGCCAUUCCCCGAGCCACUUUCUUUGUUGAAAUGCUGAGUUGGGUUUGGGUCGGAGAAGGCGUGGCCCGGCGUUGUGGCCUGUGCCAAGGGCUCAACAGAGCUGGAGGGUUCGUACCAAGCCUUGUGUGUUUGUGAGUGAGCGAGUGUGUGCAUUCGCAUCAGGAGGUCUGCCGGCAGACUGCAACUUUUAAACAACACCGAGCCUGGUAGGAAUGCUUUUGAUUUUUUAAAAGAGGAAAACAAGUGCUAAACUUAAACAAAAAACAAACAUUCAAAGUAAAAAAAAAUUGGUGCAUUUGACGAGUUUUCGUCCAGCGUGAAUAUGACUUGAACUUGGACUGGAGGGCUGUCCUAUCCAACCCUACUCUCACCGAUAAUCCUGUUCCAUUUUAGAGAAAAAAAAACAACAAAAAGGAAAAAAAACUGUUAGAAGUGCCUGAAAAAUGCUCAUCCACCACACACGUAUCCAGAGCGGACCACCUAAGAGUCACAACCACACACAGACGGACUCCUCUGGACAGACAUCAACAGGAAACAGUCAUAACAUCACAUGUGAUUUAAACGAAUCCGGAAAGAAUCGACAAAUCAGAAAAUAGCUUUGUGGAAUGUUUGGUGUUUUUCACGGUGUACCAUCGUUUCUUGCAUCGGUUCAAGUAGUUUACACGAGGAGUGAGAAAACAACGUAUUGUAAACUGUAAUGUAUGUAAAGUGUCUCUUAUUUUGAAAGUUUAUAUUCAAGGUUCUAAAGACAAAUGUAUUUAAAGUUGUGUGUUUGAACGCCCUCCCCUUUGUAUCCACCUCCACCUUUUGGAACAAUCAUUUAGCUUUUAAGCCAAGAUUUUAAAAAUUCCUGUUUUAUUUUUUAGAAUUUCACAACUUUGAUGGCGUGUUUUCACCCAACAGUAACACCGUUUCAUCAAUUUUGGAUGUAAUUUCAUGGUGCUUGACUAACAUCGACAAUCCACAGUCACUUUUGGUUUGGUUCGUUGUCUUCGUGUGUGUGUGUGUGUGUGUGUGUGUGUGUGUGUGUGUGUGUGUGUGUGUGUGUGUGUGUGUGUGUGUGUGUGUGUGUGUGUGUGUGUGUGUGUGUGUGUGUGUGUGUGUGUGUGUGUGUGUGUGUGUGUUUGGAAGGCGGUUUCAAAAAGUCGCGGUUUGUCGUAACUUAUCUUACGUUAACUCUUCGGUUGAAAAACAAACUUGUAUACUAUUUUGAAAUGAAUGUAAUUUAUUAAGCUGCUCCAUGUUCUGCGUGGUUGUUCAUUUCAACCCGGUCAAGUCGGCGAACGAGGAGUCAUCUUGAGUGAUUGGAAAGGGGCGGAGCUAAAAGCUCCACCCGCCUAUUGGAUCGGUGUUGCAGCCUUAGUUCUAGAGUUGUUGGGGGAGGGGGAAAAAGUUGUUUAGUUGAAGUUUUACCAAAAAAAAAAAAGGAAUUCAAAGAAAAAUCCUAAAAAGAUGUACCUUUCUCUCUAGUAUAAUAAUAUUUCAUAACAAUAUUAAGGUGUUGCCGUGGCAACCCAAAUGUUGCAGUUACUAAAUAUGGGUAUUUUUGUAAAUGACAUUGUUGAUUUUGUUUGUUUUAGCUAGGACACUGUACACAAGGUAGAUUGUAAAGAAGAUCUGAACAUUUCUUAUUCACUGAGAUUAAAACCUGGUAUUUUCAUUAGCAGAUGUAGUGCUAUAACUGUUAAUCUAUAAGUUAUAGACUUUACAUAUAAAUCUAUAUAUGUACAUGUAAGAAAUAAAUAUUCUAUAAAUGAAUCAGAUGUACAACUCCUCCCUGGACGAAGGACCUUUAAGUUUCACUCUGAGACUUUUUAUUUAGGGUGUCUGUAUAACCGGGCUUUAGGAUUGCAUAUUGUUUAAAAACGUGGUUUUUCCACUUGUUUGAGAGUUUGGGGGUCCCAGCACUUCAGUCAAAAAGCACCCGAGAUGAAUACAAGAUGUUGCUGCAUGGAAAAACACCUUUCUUUUCUUUAUAAAUGAUAUUGUAAUGAAUGUUUCUGGUGAAAAAUGUCUGUACAAAAAAAAAGAAGAUUUUUCCUCAUCUGGUGACCUGAAAUACCCUUCGUGUCUGGAAUCCACUUGAGCUGUGAAUGCGUUGGUCGACGACUGGUUUUUAAAAAAGAAGAAAAGCACUUUCUGAGCAGUUGGUCAACUGAGCAGACUCAGCUUAUCCAAACACUUUGCCUUAUCUCGAGUCCAUUUACGUUUUUAAAAGCUCUUAUGACAUGUAUUAAAUACACUUGAAUGGCUCCCACUUCUCAGAUCCCCUUUGAGUUUCAUUUCAAGUCGAGAUCUUUUUAUCUGGAAUCGGUUUUAAGGGUUUAAUGUAGCCAAAAGGGGAGGAUUGCAACACAACGCAAUGGUCUCGGUUUGGUCCAUUGCUUUAAAACGGAACUGUAGUUCGCAGCAGUAGCCACCAGAGGGCGAUAAACCAGAAGUGACUGUCAUCAUUGUUGCAGUCCACCUUAAACGCAAAGUGACAAUAAAAGCCGCUCAUUGGAGUCAUAAUUUCAAAUGUAAUUUAAAUGUAUUCUUUUGCAUAUAUUUUGUGUUGAUAUAGUCAAAUGUUUCUGUCUCCAGCAAGAUAUUGUAAAAUUUAUUGAAAGAAAGAAAUAAAGAAAAUAAAAUGA